GGGGAGGUCUCUGGCUCCUCUAUAUCAGAGGGGUUCCGUCUUCUCCAUCCUCUGCUCUUUCCCUGCAGCUCCGCUUCUAGUCAAAACCUUUUCCUCACAUUUUCUCUCUGAAAGAAACCAUCAUGAGUUUCACAUCCUUUCGAUCAUCCUCCGGAGGGGCAAGAAGAGGCUUCAGCUCUGGCUCCGCAAUAGUUGGUGGCGGUGGUGGUGGUGGUGGUGGAAGAUCAAGUUUCAGCUCCUAUUCCGUUGCUCGGGUUGGAGGAGCAAGAGCUGGAGGAGGUGGCGGCGGCAUUGGAGUCGGUGGAUUCGGCAGCCGAAGUCUGUACAACAUGGGUGGAAGCAAGCGCAUCUCUUACGGUGCCGGCAUGGGGGGCUUCCAACCCGGUUUCGUUAGUGCUGGAUAUGGCGCUGGUGGAGGAGCAGGGUUUGGUUAUGGUCUUGGUGCCGGUGGCGGUGGUGGCUUUGGUUUUGGCGGGCCUGGGAUGGGUGGUGCCGGUGGCUUUAUGGUAGGUUCUCCAGGGUUUGGUGGAAGAGGUGGCCCAGGGUUUCCAGUUUGCCCACCCGGUGGCAUCCAAGAGGUGACCGUCAACCAGCACCUCCUACAACCCCUCAACCUUGAGAUUGACCCAGAGAUCCAAAGAGUCCGCACACAUGAGAGGGAACAGAUCAAGACACUCAACAACAAGUUUGCCUCCUUUAUUGACAAGGUAAGUACCAGAAUUAAUACCUUCAUGAUCAUUCUUAACCACCAAGGCACUAAGUUGCAGGUGACUUGUCACCAAAUCAGGCCAACACCACAAUGGCUCUUUAAGAUGGUCUAGACCAGGGGUAGUCAAUGUGUUAGCCUCUAGGCUUUGUUGGACUCCAAAUCCCAUCAGCCUCAGCCAGAAUGGCCAAUGGCCAGGGUUGAUGGAAGUGGCAGUCUAACAGCAAAACGAAGGGCUACUGAUUCCUUGUCUCAGAUCUAAAACCUGCAAAAGAAAGUAAAAAAGGUUGCUGUUCCAUGAGGCUGUGUUAUAAGUAGGAGUAUGUUUAAGAGUGAUUAAGCAUUCCAAUUUCUAGAGACAUUGUGUGCAUGCAAUUGUUGAGUAGAUUCAUUGUUAAUGGCUGGGAUGGCCACGUCAUUUCCUGGCAUACUGUCUGUGCGGAGGCUGGCUGAGUGAAAAAAACCCUCUCCAAGGAAAAUAGAGAGGUCCCCAGUCAUGGAGAAGCUGGGCAUCUCUAGUCUCCAAAACCAGUAGAGGAAAAAUGCAGAAUGAGUGAAGUAGUCUAACUCUGGAAGCCUUUGAUUGCUUCUGAACCCUCUGUCACAGAGGCUCGCUUUUGGCAUCCGUUUCACAGUCAGCUCCUCAGUUGUUGGAGCUGAGCAUGAUCUCCAUGUAUGGUUCUGUUAAUACUUAGAUCAAAGUGAUAAAUCUCUUUUGCAAGAUGACAGUGUGGUGUCACUGAUGUUAGAGUGCAGCUGGUCAGAGUUUCUCGGGUGUAUAACAAGAUUUAAAUGUGAUAAAGGAAAUCUAACGCCCUAUUGUUAUUAAUAAUAUUAUUAAUAUUAUUAUUAUUUAAAGGCAUGCCAAUAAAUAUGCAUAUAAAAAGUACACAAUUUUUAAGAUUACUCGGAGCAUCAACUCCUCCCUAAUGAUUCUAGGUCUAUGUUCUUUGGAGUGACUCUUGAUUGGUUGGUUGAUAUUAGUGUGUGCUUGCUGAGAAUCUGGUAGCAGUAGCAAAGUGUCUAAGCAGAGGUUGCAGGUCAUUCCUGCCAGUUUUCACCAUUCUAACCUGAUUUUCCUGACCCCUUUUCCUCUCCUUGCUCUUUCUCCUUUUUAUCCCUCAUAAUUCCUUCUGUUCUCUGUUGUACCAUUCUGGCACAUUAGGGAGCAAUAUAAGCAAAAGAUAGCUCCCUGGCCAAAGAAGCUUACCAUCUAAACUUAAACACUGAGAUGAAAGAGACAAAUGGGGAGAGGAGAGGAGAAGAAGGGACAGAUGUGAGAAGGUGCAUUUAGGCUCCGUUUCAGCUGGGAGACAAGGACUAAGGGGUUAAGGCAACAUCUUCAUUGAACAAGCGUGGGUCUUCACUUAUUAUCUCCAUCUGUCUCACUGGACAGCUCAUCCCUUUCUGUCCAGCAGAUUUGUGGAUUGCCUAUAUACAGCUCCACCAAUGCCUUUACCAUUCCAUCUUGCAGGUCCGUUUCCUGGAACAGCAAAAUAAAGUCCUUGAAACCAAAUGGGACCUCUUACAACAGCAGGGGACAACUGUUCGACAAAACAGAAUUGAACCCAUGUUUGAGACUUAUAUCAACAACCUCAGGAGGCAGCUUGAUUCUAUUUUGAAUGAACGGGGAAGACUGGACUCAGAACUGAGGAACAUGCAAGACAUGGUGGAAGACUACAAGAACAAGUAAGAACCUGUCUGUUCCAAUUCACAUAAAUAGGAAUACUCCGUCUAACCUCCAUACAGAGAGAUAAGGGUAACAUUUACUGCUAGUGGUUUGGCCCAGGCAUAUGCAUAUGUUAACCCUGAAGUUGAUCCCAUUAAGUUCAAUGGGUCUAACUCCCAAGUAAGAGUGGAUAGGGCUGCAGCCUUAGAUAUGGUAAGAAUCUGAAUGCUCUUAUAGGCUAUUGGUCCCAAAAUAUCUAACACUGGUGAAAAUACACUGGUGAAAAUCCCUGUGCACAUCCACUGCGUCCUUUGAUCUGGAGUAACCUGUUUUGUGGCAAACAAAGUCACUCCUUUUCUUUCUGGGAGUCUUGGCGAACUAAACUUUACCUUCCUUGAAAGGAUCCAAAUAGAAGUGCCAGGGCGCGCUUACUGUACAUCAUGAACAUGUUUAUUCAGGUUGACUGAGUAUUAUGUGGCACUGUAAGUUAUUUUCGCAUGCUUCCUUUUCUUUAACAAAACAACUGUUCUUGAAUCUGUAUAAACUUUUGUCGGCUAAGGCUUGGCAGAAUUCAUGGGUGAAGCUAAGACUGCAUUCCCAACUCCCAUUUACCUAGCCAUAAAUCCACUGAAUUCAGUAGGAAUUACUUCUGAGUAAACAUGGCUAGAAUUGCUGCCUAAUACUCUGUUGGCAGUGCCUCUCCAUCAAAUUGCUCAAAAUGACUGUCAAGGCAAAAAGGAGAUAGAUGAAAUGGUGGUAAGAAUAAUUUCUCUAUCUAUAACAAAAAAAUUCCCUUUUUGAAACCCUUUUGCUGCAAGGCAAACUAAAUUACCAAAGAUCCGUCAGCAGAGCUUUCUAAGGAUGAACCUGUGAGAUGCAAAUCCUUCCUGCCUUUCUCUUGUUGAAGUGAGCUCCACCCUGCCCAGCAAAAGGGUUCACUUGGCCCUAAGUCAUGAAGUUUCAUAAAAGGGAUGCCUCUAACACAUAACCACAGUUCCUCUUGCCACACCUAGUUAAGCAAUCAGAGAUUCCAUUAAACUGUACAGUGAAUUAGCAUUACAUCAUUGAUGCCAUGGCACAGAGGUCGUUUCUUACAGCAGGGGCAUCUACUGCCUUUCAAAGCCAUUUUACAAAUUUAAUGGGAGCUAGUCGGUAUAUAUGCUCAGCUGGGGUCACCAGCCAAUCCCUGGCUCUCAGUGAUAUGAGACACGUGUUUCCAGACAUGUGGCUGUUUUAUUCACAUAUUGCAAUUUUUAAAAGCAUUUCUAAAGGGGAAAAUUAGAUGUAUGCCAAAAACAUGUAAGGUGCAUGAAACAGCCUUUCAGUAUUGCUUAAGGGGGGAAUAUGUGCCUCCUCAGAAAAGCAUCUGUAGAACAAAUCGCUUUGUAUCUCCUAAGUAGUCUAGCCCAGCCAAAACUCGGGAGGGUUGAGACAUUCUUGCAUUUGCAUGGGAAACCUACUUAAUUCACACUUCUAGAACCAACAUGCAAACUGAAACACAGCCGUCUGUCAAAUUUUGCACUUCUCUGAAUUUCACAAUGCAGUUUUCUACCAAACUAUGCAUGUAUUAGGGAGAAAUGUGCAUAAUGACAGAAGUAUUCAUGAAAAUAGCAUACAAAGAUGCAUUAUAUUCUGGAAAGUUUCUGGCUAAAAGGUGUACGUUAAAACUGAAUACAAAAAUGUGUUAUUAAAAUGUGCUUUAAAGUGCAUACAAAUUUUCAUGACGAUUCUUUUUAAUUCAAAUUGCUGUGGAAGAUAUGGAAUACUGUAUUUAAGAUUGGAAAAAUGAGGAACCUUUAGAACAGAAUUUGACUAAUUCACCCACCCCCUCUCUGUGUAACUGGGUGGGGCAAGUAGCAAGACAGCUUACCUAUGCUGCAAAAACAUCUAUUUCAUGCUAGUCUACCAAUAAUGGCUUCUCCCAUAUAAUAUUGUGGGUUGAAAGUGCUCAGAGAAUAGAGUACUGUCAUACUUGUCUACUCCUGCACAUUGAACUACAGUUCCCGGGUUUCCCUGUGGGAGGAUUGCUAAACCAACUUAAAUCUAUAGCGCAUGCUUUCCCUUAAAAUGCAUGCAGAAUUUUCUGUUUUCAUAUUUGGCUUGACAUUUAAAUGAUGUUGCUAAUCCAUCCAGCAAGAAGGGUCAAUGUGUAUCUAGCAGUUAAAGGAGGAGGGUGGAUCCUGACAGCCUGAAUGUAACACAUUCAUUGCAGACACACAUUUCUUCCACUAGCUCUCUGCAGUAGUAUAGAUAAGAGCACAAUAAGAAAAGCACGAGAGAGGCCAUCGGGAGACAAUUGCAGCUGGCCAUUAAAAGCAUGAUCCUGGUAAUCUAUCAACAUGCUCUGGAAGUCCUCCAAGGAGAAGUCCAUGCACUGUGCAGAUGGUGCUUCUGCAAGGGUUAACAACCUGGUUGUGUUGAGCUUCAAGGAGAUAAUUUGGCAGCCAAUCACUUUGAACCAAAUGCCUUGGCGAAGUGUGAACUCUGAAUAGAAUGGGUUGCUCUUGACCUCCUCAUGCGUUCUUUCUGCUAGCUAUGCUAGGUUCUCAUCCUGAAAAGUACUGGUGCUACCUUUGCUCUCUGUUGCCCCAACAGAUAUGAAGAUGAAAUCAACAAGCGUACUGGUGCAGAGAAUGAAUUCGUGGUGCUGAAGAAGGUACAUUUUAUUUUAUCAUUACAAUAUCUUAAGUAACAUGGUGCAAGGACAGGAAACCUAUGGUUCUCCACAUGUUGUAGUCAACAUCCUUGGCCAUUGGCUGGAACCGGAGGGAGUUGGAUUCCAACAACAUCUGGAGGGCCACAAGUUCACCAUCCCUGGUCCUGAACAAUGACCAGCUGCUCUGUGCUGAGUCAAAGCAUUGGUUCUCUUCUAGCACACAACUACCAGGCUUGGUUGACAGAUCUUGAUAUAGCAUAGUACCAAAGAGUCUUCAGCUGCAGAGGUUGAUAGUGACAGAUCUUAGACAGUUUCUACAUUUAAUAAUGCUAUUCUGCUGUGGCCUUUAACAACUGCUCAAUGCCCAUGUUGUCCUUAAGGUUUUUUUUUAAAUGGAGGGGCGACAUUCAAUGUCUGCAAUAUUGGAUUCUUUUGAGAUUAAACAAAACCUGCCUGAUUUGCUGCAUUGUUUCAAAAGAUGGUCCUUCUAAAUAGCUCUAAUUCUCCCCACACCCCAAAAUUUACUGACGUUUCUCAUGUUUUUUGCAGGAUGUUGAUGGUGCCUAUAUGAACAAGAUUGAGCUCGGUAGCAAAGCAGAUUCUCUGAAUGAUGAAAUUCUGUUCCUGAAAAACCUGUUUGAAAUGGUAAGCGUCCUCCCUUAGGCACCUGAAAAUUUCACUUUAGAAUUGAAAUGAACAUCCUAGCCAGUCCAAGCCAUUGCAGCACCUUGUCCAAUACUUGCUACUCCAACUGGCAUUAUCUCUGCCAGGUGCCUUUCCAAGCCCUGCCAGUUGGAGAUACCAGGAACUGAAUUGGGGACCUUCUGCAUGCAAGACAUGUGCUAUCCUCCCUCCAGAAAACAUAGAAGCACUGAGCCCAGUAGGUGCUGGGAACUUAAAGCAGAAUCCUGCCUUCUCUAAUUUGUAUGCAUCCUCAAGUAGGCAGGAACUAUAUUGGAAAGCUGGAAUUACAGAAAAGUUCUCUGGAAACAUACACAUUUUCAAACUGUGUGUGUGUGUGUGUGUGUGUGUGUGUGUGUGUGUGUAGAGGCAUGUUUUAUUAUAGUUCAGGCAAACGAAGGUAUAUAUAUAUACCUUUAUAUAUAUAUAUUUAUAUAUAUAUAUAGUGGGACACGGGUGGCGCUGUGGGUAAAACCUCAGCGCCUAGGACUUGCUGAUCGCAUGGUCGGCGGUUCGAAUCCCCACGGUGGGGUGCGCUCCCGUCGUUCGGUCCUAGUGCCUGCCAACCUAGCAGUUCGAAAGCACCCCCGGGUGCAAGUAGAUAAAUAGGGACCGCUUACCAGCGGGAAGGUAAACGGCGUUUCUGUGUGCUGCGCUGGCUCACCAGAUGCAGCUUGUCACGCUGGCCACGUGACCCGGAAGUGUCUGUGGACAGCGCUGGCUCCCGGCCUAUAGAGUGAGAUGAGCGCACAACCCUAGAGUCUGGCAAGACUGGCCCGUACGGGCAGGGGUACCUUUACCUUUACAUAUAUAUAUAUAUAUAUAUAUAUAUAUAUAUAUAUAUAUAUAUGAUCAUAGGGCUAGGAAAGCUGUUCCACUAGUGGCAGCAGAACAUUUUAGAGGGAGAAUAAAUUCCAAUUAGGACCUUCAUCUUGAAAAUACAUUUCCCUUUCAACAACAGCAACAAAACCAUUCUAAGUUAACAUUACCUCUUUACUCAACAUAAAGAGGGCCAUCUAAAAAGCAAAAUGCUAAUGGAAAAGCAAAAGGAGGGUAUGGGAGGAACUCCUGAGACAUGCAAAUCACAUGGGUUUGUUGAAGCAUGUAUAAAUGCAUCACUCAUUUAGAUACUCCACUGUGGAAAAUUUCAUGUUGCAUUUUCCGCUGGGAAUGUUACAUUUCUCAAGGAGGUUUUGGGGAUUAUUAUUUUUUUGUCCCCACCUACCUUUGCUGAUGCAUUUGAAUAGGUUUUAAAGCGAGCAGAGACUUACUGGCAUCAAUUAUCACAUAUUGUGCAAUGUAUGAAUACUUUCCUCCAGCUAUUACUGGAAGAAGACAGGGAGCUGUAUUUGAAUAACGCUUCUCCCUUGGGGAAAGUGUCUAGUCUGGGCUUGAUGCUUGCAAGCCUUGGAAAAUCCACCUCCGCUCUUGGCUCAGGAUCCAAGUCAUAUUAAUCACUUUGAUUAGGAAACUUUUUUUUUUUUUUUUUUGGUAACUGAAGCUUAUUCAAUGCAAUUUGAGUUUAGCUCCCAGCAGUUGGGAAGAAAGAUGAUAAUGAGUAUGGUGGUUAUAAUAAACUAAUAAGUGAAGCCACACAUUAGAAUUCAGCAGUGGUGAUACAAAACCACAAGUUUUUUCUAUCCCCAUUUAACCUCCACUGUCAGAAGUUGCCUGCCUCUGGAGAGCAUUCUUUUUAUUCUUCUUUAUUAAGUUUUCAUACUGCCCUUCAUCUCAGGAUCACAGUUUACAAUAUAAAGGUAAAGGCACCCCUGACCAUUAGGUCCAGUUGUGACUGACUCUGGGGUUGCAGCACUCAUCUCGCUUUACUGGCCGAGGGAGCCGGCAUACAGCUUCCGGGUCAUGUGGCCAGCAUGACUAAGCCACUUCUGGCGAACGAGAGCAGCGCACAGAAACGCCGUUUACCUUCUCGCUGGAGUGGUACCUAUUUAUCUACUUGCACUUUGGCAUGCUUUCGAACUGCUAGGUUGGCAGGAGCAGGGACUGAGCAACGGGAGCUCACCCCCUUGCGGGAUUCGAACCACCGACCUUCUGAUCGGCAAGUCCUAGGCUCUGUGGUUAACCCACAGCACGAAACACAAAAAUACACAGCACGGUAACAAACAAAAGCAAUGCCCCUGCCCCCAGUAUUAUUAUUUAUUACUAGUUUCUGGGAAUUAUGGGUGGUAAGUGUGAUGUUGUACUCGGGGGCUUUUUGCAGGCUUCCUACAGGCAUCCGGUUGGCCACUGUGAAAACAGGGUGUUGGACUAGGUGGGCCUUUAAAUUGGGCCUGAUCCAGCAGGGCUCUUCUUAUGUUCUUAGCCUUUAGGAAGAACAAACAAAAAUAGGACUUUGGCUUAUCUUGCCUGUUCUCUGUGUGUCAAUGUAUAGCUGAGUUGAGGAUCAGACUACAAUUUUCAAAACAUAUAUGUAAGGUUUAUGUCUCGAAAGGGGAAGAUUUGUUAACUGCGGAGUUAUUUCAUUCAUGCUGUAGUUCAGAGUUUCAAAAUUCAAGCAAAGUGGGGGUAGUGAUGCAGUUUGGUAAUUUUAGACUUUCUGGACUGAAUGGUGUUAUUGGGAGUGAGUCUUCUAGAUAGUGAUGUGUAAGAUAGUCUUGUGUUUGGGAUCCUCCUGCACAUUCUGAUGAGUGGGACCCCACAUAUCUGUCCCUUCGCUGACUAUGCCAUUGGAAAAAAUAAUCCUCCAGAGUUUCCAGUUUUUCAUGUGCACUUUGGUCAUCAUCAAAUCAACAGCUUCCUUUUUGGAGGCCAAAACCGAAGAAUCCUGACUGUUUUCAUAAUACUGUGUUAGUAGAACUGGCACAUUGUCCUGUUCAGUUUGCACCCGUAUCUGAAAGAAUGUGAAAAUGUUUUGGCCCUGAUGCAGUUUGAAUCACAGACAAUUUGUUAUGUUUAAGCAUUGGUGGUACCGGCUGGGGAUGCCGAUCAAAAAGCAGUUAGUUCAUUGGGCUUUGAUGAGCAUCACAAUGUGACAGGGGUUGAAGAUGCAUAUAUAUAUCUGCACUGGCUAUUCACAUAAAAAAUGGGUUCCACGUGGGGAUCUCCUUGCUCAGUCAGUACAAUUACCUAGAUAACAACCAUGUUAAGUAAGCAACUCCCUAAAUACAUUUAUAUUGGCUUUUUUCAGUGGAUUCCAGAAUGCAACAAAAUCCAUCAUAGGGAACAUUGGAGGGUGAAAAGUAGAAGCCAAAUCAGAAUAUAAAUGAACAUGUUUAAAAAAAAAAAAAAAAUUCAGGCUUGGAGAAUUUACAGAAGGUUGUUAUUUUCUACAUUCAAAACUGCCAUGUUCCAUUGCUUCAUACAAUCAGACACAUUUUUAUUUUUAUUAUCUUUGCAGGAACUAGCUAAUAUGCAGCAGCAGGUAUCAGAUACCUCUGUUGUGCUGUCAAUGGACAACAACAGAAGCCUGGACCUGAACAGCAUCAUUGCUGAAGUCAAGGCGCAGUACGAAGACAUUGCCAACAGGAGCAGAACUGAGGCUGAAAGCUGGUAUCAAAGCAAGGUGAGUAGCAGCUCAAGGCCUAGGAGUUACCUCUAAGCUAAGAAAGUUUUUGAUAAGGGAACAUUCCAAAAUGGCAUCAUCCACCUGCAACCUAAAGCAGUACAGGGAUAGUCAAUGUUGCUGUUGCUGGACUCUCACCAGCCUCAGUGGCAUGGUCAAUGAUCAGGGAUGGUGGGAGUUGGAGACCACAACAUCUAGAGGACACCACACUGGUGACCCCUGGUCUGCUACCUCAGCCAGAUUUUACCUCCUAACUCAUUGACGUGUGUAGACCAGGCAGGCUGUAAAUACUCAGAGAUACUCUUGGGUUCAACUUAAAGUCAAAUUUGAAGCAAAUAUGAAGGGUCUUCCUCAGGAGAUACAUCAGUCAGACUCUCUAAGGAACAUCAAAAGAUUUGCAACAUGUGUAGUGUAUAAGGAUUGUAUUCACAACACUUAAAAGAAGUGUGAAAAGUUAAGAGAGUGAAACGGCUGAGAUUGGGGUGGAAAUAUGCCCCCUUUGCUGUCCUGCUGCUCAGCAAGCCAUGCUAGAAAUAAAUAGCUGGAAUUAUAAACUGCUGCAACACAGAUACGGAAAGCAAACAGGAACUUGAAUUGAUCUUGACUUUCUAGGCAGAGCAAAGUAAAAGGUGUGGCAAUGAGAUUCCAUUCCUAAAGUAUUAAUGGAAAGAGGACCUGAAUGAAGAGUGGCUUAGCAAAUAAAACUUAGCAAAUCCUCGCAGUAAAUCUUGGCAGCUUUCUUUCUCUGUGGUUGAGUUAGCCCUACUAUUAAGUAGGCAGCUGCCUCAGGCAGCAGAUUCUUAGUGUCAUUGAAGUGGAGCAAGUAACUUCUUUUAUUAUAACUUUAAAAAAAAACACAACUGGAAGAGGAGAAGAACCAUUUAGAUUUUCCACUUCAGGAUCCAAAAUAUCUCUGGCCAGCCCUGCUCCUGGAUGGCAAGCAGAUCUCCUGUUUGUAGAAAGCAGGCUGAGGUUCACCCACCAGCCCUAUCAUAGAUGCAGCUUCACCCAGAAAUAAUGCUUGACAGAUACAUCUGGCCUGGUGAUCCUGCAGGCCUCCAGCAAUAGCUGAGCCCUCACUUCUCAGAUUUGCUUUUCAAAACCGUGUCAUUCGAUGCAAGACAGAGAUGUAUGGAACACCCUGAGAUUGCUAGCUAAUUCCCUGUCUCAGUUGUGGCUGCCUCAAAGUGUUAGCAAAAGACAUAGGGAAAGGGAAAGGGAAAGGGACCCUUGACCGUUAGGUCCAGUCAUGGACGACUCUGGGGUUGCAGCGCUCAUCUUGCUUUACUGGCCAAGGGAGCCAGCGUUUGUCUGCAGACAGCUUCUGGGUUAUGUGGCCAGCAUGACUAAGCCACUUCUGGCGAACCAGAGCAGCACACAGAAAUGCCAUUUACCUUCCCGCUGGAGCGGUACCUAUUUAUGCACUUGCACUGUAUGCUUUCAAACUGCUAGGUGGGCAGGAGCUGGGACUGAGCAACGGGAGCUCACCCUGUCGCAGGGAUUCGAACUGCUGACCUUCUGAUCGGCAAGCCUUAGGCUCUGUGGUUUAGACCAUAGCGCCACCCACAUCCCAGCAAAAGACAUAUGCAGUGACAAUUGAUCACACUGAAACCUUACAACACUUAUUUAUCUAUCAUCUGAAAGUCAGUGUCCCAGCCUCCCUCAAUCUGGUGCUCCUUUGGGGCUACAUUUAGUUCUCACUCCCACCUGAUUUCCCAGCUCUGUUGUAGGGGUGACAACCAUAUAUAAUGGAUCAGAUUCUAAUCCUUCCUCCUUUUCCUCUGAAUAUUAGUAUGAAGAGCUACAGGUCUCUGCCGGACGCCACGGUGAUGACCUUCGCAACACCAAGACAGAAAUUUCUGAGCUUAACCGGGUGAUCCAGAGGCUGCGAAGUGAAAUUGAUGCCGUGAAGAAACAGGUACAAUCCUUUUAUGUUUGGCAUGCAGGGCAGACCAGUGGCAGCUUCUGUUUCAUAGAAUAGUAAUUGUGUAGCUGCUAACUCACUUUGGGCAAACCAAGUCUCCCUCAACAAGGUCAUACCAGGGCAAGCACAAGACAGGGCACUAGCCAAGGUGAGCCCAAUGUGGGAGUGCAGGCACUCUCCCAGGCCACCUCUUCCAGAAUGCCUUGCUCUGAGAAAGAAGCUCCUUCCCUUCCUCAGAGUGCAGUUGAGAGGGGAAGGAUGAGGAAGUAUGCUUCCGCUGCACUAGCAGUGGCAAAACAAGAAAGGCAAGCAAAGUGGGUACAGAAGCAGCAGGAGAUGCAUGGAAAUAGGGUCUGGGAGUACUAAUUUGCCCGGCUCUUUCUCCUCCUCCUCUGAAACUGGCUUUAGAAAUGGUGUUGGUUGCUAUUGUUGAUGCUGUUUGUAACAAAGGUUUAAUCAUCACUAUCAGUCCGUUUCACGGUGCUGAUAAAUAUCACGGAUAAUAAUACAGCUCUCAUUGCACAAGUGCUACAGGGUGUCUGUGCAAGAGAGUUGAACAAACCGUAAAUUAGUUGUUUUACAGUAUCUCCCAGGCACUGCAAAGGCGAGGAGGAAUCUCCUCCUCCACAUUUCCCUAGGUACCACACAGGUAGACAGUGUACUGAAAGAGUCCACACCCUACAAAGUUCACAAUAGGAGUGUGUUGGUAUCUUUCCCUUAUUGCCAAGCCAAGCAAAGCAAACCUAAUUAUUAUUUAUAUUGAUCAUUUGCCUUUUAAACCACUCUUAGGGAAUGGGCACCGCAAAGCAAAAAACAAAAACAAAAAAACCCAUAUGUAAAUAUAUAUAAUUAUAUAUAAAUGUGCAGAAGACAUGGGGUAUAGACACUGGAAAAUGCUUACAAUCUGAGCAUUGCUUUUGGAAUUACUGCAGGUCUGCACAUGGAGGCAUACCUGUGGGGAGCAGGGAACUAAUACAGUGUACAGUGGAGGCCCUGCUGAAGCAUAAUAUUUUUUACAUGCAAAAAGUUGCACUCAUCCUCACUGCUUGGGGACAGAUCUGCCCUCAUCAAAUGUAGGUUAUUUCCAGCACUGCAGAAAAUGGACAAAAUGAACAACCCACACACAUGCUCGGGGGGUGCAUGAUAAUGCACCCCUAGCAUGUAUCUACAAUGAGUCAAUCUAGUUAUUAUUAUGGUUUUAUAUCUACACCUUCUUACCAGUAUCUUGGUAGGAGAUGAAUUGUGCAUGCAGUGUCCAUACCUCUUGGGUCAUGUGAGCAUAGCCAUUUCAGGGCUUGCAUCAGAAUUCAUUGUCCAUUGGACUUUCCUGGGAUUACUCAUGAAUCAUUAAGCGAUGGAAGGAGCAUUUCCCCAAAACGUCCAUUGUAACAGUUUUCAUGCAGAAGUCCCAUCCUUCCACAGCAACCAUUCCGAAAGUGCUCUCCAGGAGCUGCAGUCAAACUUUAUUUGAAAAGCACUCCAUGGAUUCCAUUAAUGCCAUUGGCAGAUUUAGUGAAAGACAACAUCCAGAUCUUUGAGAGCACUGCUUUAAUCCUUAGACAAUGUUGGCUAUUGGCUGGAAUAUCUGGAGCCACUGUUUCUGCUUUGUCCUGAUUGAUGCAUGAGAAACAAAAACUUUAGACACUAACUGGGUGAAACUUUUUUUUUUUUCUGGUGUAGGGAAGGGGGAAGAUUGGACCAUAGUGAUAGCGCUCCCCCCCCAAAAAAAUGUCCUGAAGUCACAAUUAUUAUUUAUUGGUGAUGGUCCCAAAAACUGUCCAGAUAUUUCAGUUACUUCUUAUUAGUAUCAUUAAUAAAUAAAUCUCCUUGUGUGCAGUGUGCCAAUCUACAAGCUGCCAUUGCUGAGGCUGAGGACCGUGGAGAGCUCGCCCUCAAGGAUGCCAGGCAUAAACUGAAUGAGUUGGAGGAAGCCUUGCAAAGAACGAAGCAGGACCUGGCUAGGCAGCUCAAGGAGUACCAGGAGCUGAUGAACGUCAAACUGGCCCUGGACAUUGAAAUCGCCACCUACAGGAAGCUGCUAGAAGGAGAGGAAAUCAGGUAGGCUGGCAGCAGCAACCGUACUCUAGCAAAAAUGCCCUUGAUGGUUUACUAAACUAAUCGGUCAUCUCCCCUUUGAAUAGAUUCCGUCAAAAUUCGUUUUAAAUUUUCCCCAAAGAGAACAUUCCAAACUCACCUCAAAUCCAGGCAAAAAUCACACCUUGAAGCUAAAAGACGGUAUUGAUGGAUGUGCCUGAGGUGCCAGUAAGGUUCCUGGCAAUCCAACCACAAUAUCAUGUUCUUGUGCAGUUGUGUUUAGAUGCCAAGGUAUGGGGCUACCCUCAGUAUUUGUUGAAAUGUGAUGUGAAAAGAAUACUUCUACAGUACAGCAAGGAAGUAUAACAGCCUAUGGUCCUUUGAAAGUUUUUGGACUGUAGUUCUCAUCACCCCUGAUCAUUCAUCAUACUAACUGGGGAGGGUGGGAAUUGGAGUUCAGUAACAUCUGAAGAGCCACAGAUUCCCUUUGCCUUUUCCAGAGGGACCAUCUGGUCCUAUCAUUACAUAUGCAAUAACCACUGUUUGGUUUAACUGUAGCUCUUUGGGAAGGUCUUUUGAGAAUGUUGGUGGGUGACUUUCUCUUACUGUGAUUAUUGUGGGGGUUGCACUCCUGUUGCCUAUUUUAUUGUUACUUUUAUAGUUAAAAAAAACCACACACAUACAAAACUGAUAAUUGCUUGCUUUAAAUUACCUGUCUUUAGCUGCUUAGAAUAGAGGAAAAGCAAAUAAAUGAAUAAUCAAUCAAACAAACAUACAGAAUCAUGCAUAUAUGCAUUCUUAAAGCAAUUAGCAAUAUGACCAAAAAAGGAGAUUGAGCUGAAUUUUCUUUGCAGGUUUUUUGUUUUUGUUUUUUAAAAAUGCUGUGUGAAUAUGCAACUUUUACUUGGCUAAGAAACAGAUAACAACUCAAGAGUUCUACCUUCACAAUAGCUCCUUGAUUAGAUUAAAAUGUGGGACCUAGUUUACUACAAGCUGAGGCAUCCACUGAAUUAAUUAUACCAAUUAUGUCCUCCUUUCAUCUUCCUAGGUUGUCAGAAGGCCCUGGAAAUGUGAGCUACUGUAAGUACCAUCUCUGUUUCUGGAUUUGCUUCUUGUUUUUGUUUACUUACUUACUUCGCCAAACCUUUAUUAGGCAUUAAAAAUAUCGGCCAUCAUAAAACAUCCAUAUAUAAAAAUUUUAAAAUAUAUACAAAUAAACAGCCAUGUAAGAAAAAGGUAAAGGACCCCUGACAGUUAAGUCCAGUCAUCGACGACUCUGGGGUUGUGGCGCUCAUCUGGCUUUACUGGCUGAGGGAGCCGGCGUUUGUCCGCAGACAGUUUUUCCGGGUCAUGUGGCCAGCAUGACUACGCCGCUUCUGGCGAAACCAGAGCAGCGCACGGAAACGCCGUUUACCUUCCCUCCAGAGCGGAACCUAUUUAUCUACUUGCAUUUUAAAAAUAUGUAAUAACGAGGAUUUUCACUGGAGUUUCUUCCCGCAAAAUAGUGCCAUUCACCACUCUAUGAGAUACUAUUGAUAAAAACUCAGCCACCCUUGCAGUUUCUUCUGAGUUAAUAUCAGACAGAUAGAAUCUGAUAUUUUCCUUGUGCCGUGAUGUUAGACACCCAAAAUAGCACAUGUUUGCGUAGCUGGUUGUACAAUGGACAGUAGAAAAAACUGUGUUCUAUUGUGUCUGGCACGUUCAAAGAACAUCUGCAGUGUCUGUCGUUUCUGGGGAUGUUUAAAUAUCUGCCCUUGACAAAAGCUGAGGGGAAAACAGUUCAGUUGGGCUAACAUAAAGGCCCUGAAUUGGACUGGAAUUCUUAAUUUUGAAAUAUAAGUGACCCUGUUAUCUGUUGUAUUUAAACCAUAGAACUUGGGGGAGCAAAUUUUAUUUACAGCUGACUUGAUGUUUUGUUUUUCAAUGUCCCUUAAUCUGAUUUGAAUAUUGCGAUAAAUACAUUGCUCACUUGAAUUACACAAGAGUUCCAAGUCAAUACCAAUAGAUCUGAUUUUGCUGUGUAAGAGUUGGAACCAUCUGGAUUUCUAAGAAUUCUUAAAUAAGUCAGAAAGCAGACUCAAAGGUUGGCAACAGCAACGCAGCCAGUAUUUUAUAGUGCUAGCCCACAACCAAUAUUCCAUCAUGUAUAUCCUUAGUCCUACACCCAUCUUCUCAUACUUGAUUGAAUUUGGGAGCCCCAGGAUGAUGAUGAUGAUGAUGAUGAUGAUGAUUAAUUUAUUAUUUAUACCCCACCUAUCUGGCUGGGUUUCCCCAGCCACUCUUGGCGGCUUCCAACAAAAUAUUUAAAAUACAUUAAAACUUCAGUCAUUGAAAACUUCCCUAAACAGGAUGCGUCUCAAGAAACUUGAGUGUAUCUUACCUAAAUCACUAUUAUAUGCUUGUAUCCAUAUUGGGAUCCCAAAUGGUAGCUGGGACGACACUUUAGCUUGAAAAAAUUGAAUAGCAGCUAGUAUAAAUUGGUUACCUUUCUGAAAAUGAAAGCGAGCUGCUGGUUUUUGUUUGCUUAAGGCAGUGUUUCUCAAACUGGGGUCCCCAGUUGUUGUUGGACCACAACUCCCAUCAUCCCUGGCCACUAGGGAUGAUGGAGACCCAAGUUUGAGAAACAUUGGUUCAAAGAGAUUCUGUUGAAAUCAUGGCUCUUUCCAAGAGACACAAGGAACUUAACUUUCUGUUGUUAAUAUUUUCCAGCCGUGGUCAGCAGCACCACCACCUCUGGCUACGCUGGCGGAAGUGGCCUUGCGUUAGGAGGAGGACAUGGUGGCGGCAUGGGAGGAGGUUUCGGACUUGGAGGCGGUGGCGGCUAUGCGGUUGGAGGUGGUGGAAGCGGCUUCGGCGGCGGCAGCGGCGGCUUCGGCGGCGGCAGUGGUUUCGGCGGCGGCAGUGGCUACGGCGGCGGAGUCAGUAUGGGAGGUGGUAGCAGUUACAGUUCUGGCGGGGGCCGUGUCUCCUCAAGUGGAGGAGGAGGAAGCUCCAGUGUGAAAAUUGUAUCAAAAACCACUUCGAGCAAGAAAAGUGUCUAUUAAAAAGGGUUAACUGGCCACUACCACCACCACUUCUGAAAUGGCAAUGAGCGUUGCCACCUGCAAAUCGAAGCUCUUCAGCCCACUGUGUAAAUAGCUCAGCAAAGCUCUUCCCCUCUGAUACUGUCACCUUUUCCAUUUGAGUUUGCCUGCCAUAUGGAUCCAGACCUUUGCACCCUGAUCCAGCACUGCUGACUCGGAUCGCAGGUUUUUGCACCGGGAUCAGCUGCAGCCAGUGCGCAGUGAGCUCCUGUGCUCUGACAAAUCGUGAGCCAUCCAUAGAGCUCUUUAAACAAAGGUCUCAAAAUUAUCUACUAAGCUACAGGGUCUCACUGUUCAGUGAUUGCAUGAUUGCUCCUAGGUGUGUGUGUGAAAAAGGGAAUCCCAUUUUAGAAAAGUUUGUGUAGUAGAUGGUUAACCUUAAAUACACCCUUAGGUCCUUUGGACGGCAAUCGGAUUUAAGUUUGCACUUAAAGUUAAGUUCUUGGUUGAAUUAACAGCUUUCAGUGCUAUGCUUAAUAGACAGCUAACAUCAAAGCUUAUGGGAACUUCCAGGCAGACAGGCAGCACGAAUCAGCCUGCACACACACUUUCUGAAAUCUCUCUCCUGUUCAAGCAUGUUCUUUGUAAUUUCAAAUGGAGACAGUGUAAAGCUGUAGACCCGUAAAGUCAUCAGAUCUUGCCAAAAGGAAAUAGUUUUGAGACACCAGUGAUAAGAUCUUGCUCUCACCCUUCUGUUGUAACAUGCACGGAGCUUAUUUUUUAACAGCAAAAUUGCAUUUGAUUCCUUCUUUGAAGUGAAAGCAAAAUUGGAAAAGGUGAUUGCUUAUUCUGCUGCUGCUGUUUUAUGAACUGUAACACUGAAUUCUAACGCUUGAUUCUAACGGCUAUGGACCCAUGCAAGGCUGUGUGACGAAUAAAGAGCAACUGUCAUUUUUAA